AGUACAAAUGUUAACAAACUUAUGCAACCUUAAGAAAAGGUAUCAAAGCUUUUGUAACAGCGUUUGCAAUUCAAAGCUGAAUUGUGGAAUAAUUACAGGACUAAUUGAGAACCUGAAAAAGAACUGACGAUGGUGGUCUUACAAAUGGUACUGCUGCUCUGUGCUGGGAGUUCACUUGCAAAAGAUUUUUGUUCACCAAAUGUGAACAUUUAUGCUGAGCUUGAGAAACUGAAUGACAUGGACAAAAGGAUACAAAAAUUAGAAGAAAAACUGGCUAAAGUAUUGAGUGAGAAUGAAGCUUUGAAACCCCUAUUACAAGACUCACAAAAUAAGCUUAAAUCUUUGCAAAAGGAGAAUGAAGCCAAAAAGGUUGCCUUUUCUGCUGGACUUCUGGAAUCUGGAACAGGACACACUGGGCCCUUUAAUUCUGUGAUAACUCUGGUCUACAAAAAAGUAUUUAGUAAUAUCGGAGGUGCCUAUGACUCAAAUACCGGUAAGUUCUGUAAAGAGAAUAUCAUGUCAAAUGCAGAAUCCUCUUCACAUAUGAUAUUUACUGUGGCUGCUUUGUACAUGUGCAUUGCAGGUGUUUUCACAGCACCAGUGAAAGGAGCCUAUUACUUCAAAUUUUACGGUCAUGGUCAUGGUGGAACAACAAUGGCAGUCAGUCUCUUGAAGAAUGGUAAAACCCAGUGCUCAGUGUUUGCUUGGAAGCCUACCUCCAAUGGUAAUGGCAGCAAUGGUGUUGUUCUCACACUGGAGAUCGGUGAUCAGAUUUCUACACAACUUUGGGCUAACACCUGGGUUUAUGAUGAUCCAGCAAGUUACACCAGUUUUGGUGGUUUUCUGAUUUUCCCCCUGUGAAUUUCUGAAUUUUGUAUAACCCAUAUCUAGCGCAGGAUGCAAUAUGAA